AUGGAGUACCUCCGUCCUCGAUCUGGCUUCCAGCCUUGUGACACCUUCUUUAUUGAAGAUGACUACCGGGUGCGCGCCGAGAAGCAGGCCAAACAGGAGCAUGACAAGCUCGUUGCCCGUGAGCGGCAGUAUGCUAUCGCGGACCAGCUGUCCAAAAUCGCCAGCGAAGAGCUUCGAGACGAUGUCCUGAAGCACAUGCUGGAGAUGGAUGGCCAAACACUCCCGGAUGUGGAAUCGAUCGAUAUUCAAACCGAAAUCCAGUGGUUCAUGCGCCCUUACCUCCUUGACUUCCUGAUCGAGGCCCACACUGCCUUCCAACUCCUACCGUCGACGCUGUUCUUGGCGAUCAACUUGUUGGACCGCUACUGCUCUAAGCGGGUGGUCUACAAGCGUCACUACCAGCUGGUAGGCUGUGCAGCCCUCCUCAUCGCCGCGAAGUACAAUGAUAAGAAGGACCGCGUUCCUACGGUCAAGGAGCUGAAGUCGAUGUGCUGCUCCCUCUACGAUGACGACAUGUUCAUCCAGAUGGAAUGGCACGUUCUGCAGACCCUCGGCUGGACCAUUGGCCACCCGACCGUGGACAGUUUCCUGCAGAUUGCCGUCCUGGACGAGCCCUACGACCCUGAGGUGGAGCACAUGGCUCUCUACAUUCUGGAGAUUGCCUUGUUCCACCGGGACUUUGUCUCUAAGCCAUCGUCUGAGCUCGCGCGGGCCGCAUUGGCACUGGCUCGUUGCAUCCUCAACCGACCUCAGCCCCGCCACACCGACUGGGCUGCCCAGUAUGACUCGAUGACUCUCGUUGGUCUUUCUCAGCAGCUGCACCAGCCGUCCACUGUGGUUUCCCGGAAGUACGCUUCGGCUCACUACUCUCGGGUAUCCAAGGUCUUGGAGCACUUCCUCAACCGCCAGGCGUCUUUGGUCAACUAUGCUCGUUGCACCCCUCCGGUGGAGACUCCUGUGGAGUCAAAGCCCUACAAUGGGGAGAUGGGCCUCGCUACCCCUCAGAAGUCCCAACAGUUGACUGCGAUUCCACAUGGAUACAUGACACCGCCAAUUACUCCGGAGAAUGGGGCUUUCGCCGCCCAGGCCCAAAUGGUAGCCAACCAGGACAUGGUUCGGGGUGUUCCAGCUGUCAAUGGCUGCUCGCCGUCGCCUGCACCCGAGGCUGAGAUGCAGUACAUGCCCACCGAUGCCUAUCAGCAACAGGAAGCCAUGUACAUCUCUCAUCCGCAGCAACUGCAGCAUUUCCCACCACCGUCCCAGAUGGCACUCGACACGACCUAUGGGGGUGUGAUGUAA